AUGGGUGACUACUCGAAAGCACUUGAAUUUUACGAAAAAUCACAUAAAAUAAAAGAAAAAGCUCUGCCUUCGAAUCAUCCCUCAUUGGCUACUUCCUAUAACAACAUCGGUCAAGUGUAUAACAACAUGGGUGACUACUCGAAAGCACUUGAAUUUUACGAAAAAGAUCUCGAAAUCAAGAAAAAAGCUCUGCCUCCGAAUCAUCCCCAUUUGGCUACUUCCUAUACUUGCAUCGGUCAAGUGUAUAAUAACAUGGGUGACUACUCGAAAGCACUUGAAUUUUACGAAAGAGCACAUAAAAUAAAAGAAAAAGCUCUGCCUCCGAAUCAUCCCGAUUUGGCUGAUAGUCACUUGGCUUUUGCAGCAUGUUACGAACGAAUGGGUGAUUACGCCGCAGCUCUUAAGGCUCUUCGAAGUGCUUUUAAAAUUCAACAACAAGCAUUUCAAGAAGGUAAUCCAGCGUUUUCUUUUACAUAUAGCAGGUUAGGAAGAGUUUAUCGCAGUAUGAAAGAUUAUUCAAAAGCACUUGAUAAUUUCGAAAAGUGUCUCACAAUAGUUCAAAAAACGUUACCUGAAAGACAUCCCAAUCGAGCUAUUACAUAUAGUAAUAUUGGUGAUGUUCAUCGAUUAAUGGGUAAUUAUGAAAAGGCACUUGCAUUUCAUCAAAAAGCAUUAAAUAUUCAAGAGAAUGUUCAAUGUAAUCCUCUGGAAUGUGCAACGACAUAUAUAAAUUUAGGUGAAACUUAUCGUGAAAUGAAAGAUUAUUCAAAAGCAUUGACAUAUUUCGAAAAAGGAUUAGAAAUACGUGAAAAGAAAUUACCAAAAAAUCAUCCUGAUUUAGCUGUUGUAUAUCAUAAUAUGGCAAAAUUAUAUUUGGCUACACAAAAAUACAGUAUGGCAAUGAAAAAUAUUCAACAAGCAGUUGAAAUAGCUCAAGAAAAAUUACCUUCAACUCAUCCUCAUCUUUUGGAAUAUAAAGAAACAUUUGAAAAAAUUCGAAAGAAAAUGUAA